GUCCGAUUGACGUAAAAAAGCAUCAUAACCUCAAAUUGUUGCGCUAUGGCAUGUGUAAGUCCAAAGGUCUUUUAAGUAUUAAUACUCGUUAUCCAAUUAAUACGAACCGAAGUGUGAAUACUAUCACUUAAAUAGUUUACGAUGUCAGUGCGUGGCCACCUUUUACUAACAAGGUUCCUGAAACAUAACCCUACUUUGGUGAGAUUCAAUUCCACAAAAUUAAACUAUGAAGAAAUACGGAUACCGGUUCCGUGGGGGCACGUGGCUGGGAAAUGGUGGGGACCCACCGACAAGAGACCCAUCUUAACCCUGCACGGUUGGCAAGACAAUUGUGGCUCCUUCAACCGUUUAAUCCCGCUACUUAACCCAGACGUGGGUUUUCUAGCCAUCGACUUCCCAGGACACGGUUACUCGUCCCGGAUUCCCAGUGGUCUCUACUGCCAUUUUGCAGACUACCUAAUCCUAGUACAGUAUUUAGUCAACUACUUCAAAUGGCCGAAAGUCUCGCUCCUGGGACACUCAAUGGGCGGAAUCGUCUCCUUCAUGUACACCAUGGUCUACCCCCAAAACGUAGACUUCCUAAUGUGCAUAGACGGCGCCAAACCCAUGAUUGUCGAAAACAAUAUACCCAGAAUAGCCCGAAAUAUUACCAAAUUUUCGCGCUACGUGCAGUUUGAAAUGAGUGACAAGGAACCACCAAGUUACACUAUUGAGGAAAUCAAACAUAAAAUUAGUUUACCCAAUAAAAAUUCCGUUAUGUAUGAGAAUGCUCACCACUUGAUGGAACGUAACAUCGCGCCUUCAAAAGUCCAUCCCGGGAAGUAUUAUUUUACGAGAGACCCUAGGCUAAGGGCGGGGGAAUUGGUGAACUGGCCACAGGAAGAAUCGUUGGCGUUUGCGAAAUUUAUGACUUGUCCUAUUUUCCUCGCAAAAGCGAUAAGGGGGUCAUACUAUGAAAUUAAGAAGAAUUUUUAUGACGUGUUGGAUGUACUUAAGGAAAGUAGUGUGGAUUGUCAGUACCAUCGGGUGGAAGGGACACACCAUGUCCAUUUGAAUAAUCCUGAAAUACUCGCUGGUUUAAUGAAGGAGUUUAUAGUUAAGCAUAAUACGGCGGAACGGGGUGGGGGCGGCAUGCACGAAGAAAUGAAGGUGGAGGGGAGGAACUGAGGAGUGGUAUUGUAAAAAAAAAUAAUCGUGUGAUAUGUUGUUUAUAAAAAGUUAAACUUUGAAUUCUACCUCCAUGUUUGGUCGCACCUGUUUGUUUUAUACACCUAGGUAUAUAUAAAUUGUAUCAUAUUAACCAAUUGUUAUUAUUUAUUUUUAAUAUAUGGCCACUAUACUAUAAAAAACAAAAAUAAAA